UCACUCCCUCUUCCUAUAAGAUUCAUUUGGCCAAUCAAGACAGAAUUCAAGAAAACAUGGCUAACACCUUUCCUAUGUUCUUACUCUCACUUUGCUUAUUUUCUCAGUUCUUCUUGGCUAAGUGCUCAAUUCCCCUUUCCCCUGCUUUAUAUGUAUUUGGAGAUUCUAUUGUAGAUAGUGGCAAUAAUGAUUUCCUUAAUACAUCUGCAAAAGCAAAUUACAAACCAUAUGGCAUAGACUUCCCAGCUGGUCCAACAGGCAGAUUCACUAAUGGCAACACUUUUGCAGAUUUUUUAGCUAAGUAUCUUGGGUUACCCUUUGUUCCUCCAUACUUGGGUCUUUCAAAGGAUCAAAAGAGUGAAACAAUUACAGGAAUGAAUUAUGCAUCAGGAUCAGCUGGUAUCCUUCGAAAAACAGGAUCAGCAAUAGGAAUGAAUUUAGCAUUGCAGAUACAGAUUGAGUUGUUUGAAGAAACUGUGAAACACUACUUGCCCAAGAACUUUAAAACCCACCAUGAGCUUUUGAAGUACUUAUCCAAGUCCAUUUUUGUGGUAGACAUAGGCAACAAUGACUAUCUAAACAAUUAUCUUCAACCGGCGCGGUACAAUAGUAGUCACCUAUACGGCCCGGUGCAAUUUUCCGGCUACCUAUUAAAAGAACUCAAACAAAGUUUACAGGAUAUUUAUAAUUUGGGAGCCAGGAAGUUUUUGGUAUUCAAUAUUGGCCCUAUUGGGUGUACACCAGCCUUGGUAUAUAGUCAAAAUAUUACAAGUGGAUGUGCUGAGAAUUUAAAUCAGUUAGUAUCUCUUUACAAUGAAGGCCUACCAAAUAUGUUACAAGAACUAACUGCAAGCCUCAAUGGUUCAACUUUUGUUCUGGGAGAAUUUUAUCAAGCCAGCUAUGAUUUGAACCAAAAUCCUUAUAAAUAUGGUUUCACAAAUAGAAGCUCAUGUUGUGUUGUAAACAGUGCAACUUCACAAUGCCUACAAGAUGUCUCACCUUGCAAGGAUAGGGCUAAACAUAUCUACUGGGAUGGAUUUCAUCCAACGCAACACGCGAACUACGUGUUUGCGACUGGUUGUUUCUUGGGUACUACUCAGUGUACUCCAUUAAACAUUUUGGAGCUCACACAGAAACAUUAAGGCACUACUUAUGUAUGUAAUGGUUU